UUUCCGAGAACGUAAGAUGAUGUUACAAAGACAUACAUAACCUAUCUUCGUUCACUUGUGAUAAGAAAAUUUGUGAAUAAUAUUGAGAAAUAUUCCAUAGUAAAUAAGAAUUCAAAUAUGAAGAAUGGAUGAUUUAGAGAAGCACGCUUCUUCCUAUCAACAGGACCAAGAAAUACUGGAUGCCCGAGGUAUCAACAUGACGGUGGAAGAGGUGGCCGGGCUCCCCACAGUCAAGUACUCUGAGAAGGUGCAGUCGCUACAGCUCAACGAGGGCGACUUGUCCUUCCUCAAGGGGCUGCGGAGGCGGAUCAAGAACCGGUUGGCGUCCCAAAAUAGCCGCCGGCGCAGCCUCGAGCACCUUCGCCGUCUCACGCGCGAGCUGCGCUGCGUGCGCGCACGACGCGACGCCGCACUGGCCGAGCGACGAGCGUUACUGCGCAGCAGAGAUAUGCAGCGGGAUCGCUGUAGAACGCUGAGGUUACAUAUAUCUCAGGUCCUGCAGUCGCGCUCAGACCUCACUCAACUUCCAGAAUUAGAUGACCUAGAAUCUCCAAAGCCCAAAGAAAUCAAAACUUCCAGUUCCCCAGACCUCAGCGAGAGUUAUCGGGACAGCAGAGAGACCUUCGAAUGUCGCAUAGAGAAACUGGUUCAGAAAAGCGUCAACCAUAUUUUUGAUAAGAAGAAAGUGGCCGCGAAAACUGUCUUCCUAGAUGACAAGAAGUGUUUGGAAGAUGGUUUUAAACAUAAAAUGUUUGAAAGAACAGGUGCCUUUGUGAAAGAAGAAAUUUUCGAUGACGGAAAAGAUUUCAAAAAUGAUAUUAGAAAUGAUUUUAUGGACGUUGGGAUAAAACAGGAGUAUGACAAUGUGUUGAAAGAGGAAAACGGGGGCGUGCUGGAUUUGUGUGUGAAGGCGAAGAGGAGUCAUGGGAGGAAACAGUCGGCGCCGAGGAGGAUCGCGUACGUCCAUGAUUAUGAUGAUAUGGUCCUGGAUUUGAAAAUUAAGAAAGAGAAUCAGUGAUAUUGGUGACAAACACAAGUAAGAAUAUAAAAUAAAUGUAACCAAAAAUGAUAACAGUCCAUACGAAAAAGUAAAAUAAGAAAAAUCAGGCUUAUAUCAGUUAUGAUGUUUUCACAUUAUCCGAUGUCAAAGGCCAAAAUCAAAGAUGGCGCCUUGAAUGUAUAUGUAUGUUAUCGCUGCCUCCGUUAUAUAUCCUAUAUCGGAUCGGAUAUAGGGAAAUUGACUGUUCUUAAAAUAAAAUAUUUUAUACCAUGCACGAAAUAAAGCAUCAGAUAAUUAUUAGA